GGGAGAGGGCGAGCAGCGCGGAGAGGAGUCUCCUUCCUCUCCGGCGGCGCCGCGGAGCACACGCGCUCGCACGGGCACACGGGCCCGGGGACCGGACUCUCUCCGCGGCCGCACACACAGACAAAGGCACAUUGCGGCAGCAGUGGCGGCGCCUCGUCUCGCCCGCGCUACUACUCAGGAGCAGCGGCGGGAACGGGCUCCCGCUUUCUCAAGCUUUUGCCAUCAUUUUCCAUGCCUCGGGAUAACGCAUCCUCCAGAUUUGCAGCCACCAAGAGUCUCUGGGGUUUUCUUUUUACAAUUUUGCCGCUGGACAGCGCCUACAUGCACAUUUAAGGAGACAGGCAUUUACAAACUAGAUGUAAAGACGGAACCUCCACAGCAAUCAAAGUCCGGGUCGGAAGAGCGCCCGCCACCGAGGCCAGGCUCCCACUCCGGUGCCGCGGAGAGCUCCCGGCCGGCACGGACCCCGCCGCCCGCUCAUCCCGCUGCCGCCUCCUCCGGCCGGACGCCCAGCCCCACCAUUCAGCGAGCAAGAUACCCUCCAGAUAUGCCCUGUGUGCAAGCGCAGUAUAGUCCUUCACCGCCUGGUUCAAAUUAUGCAGCACAGACCUACGCAUAUGGCUCAGAGUACAGCUCAGAGAUCAUGAAUCCUGACUACACCAAGCUGACCAUGGACCUGAGUAGCACUGAGAUCACUGCUACAGCCACCACCUCUCUUCCCAGCUUCAGCACCUUCAUGGAGGGUUACUCCGGCAGCUACGAGCUCAAGCCUUCCUGCCUCUAUCAAAUGCAAUCUGCCUCCUCCUCCAGUCAGAGGCCCCUCAUAAAAAUGGAAGACACCCGGCUUUCUUCCUACCAACAGUCACUGCCACCAUCCUCAGACGAGGGAAUGCCCAGCACAUCCAUGUACUUCAAACAAUCUCCACCCUCGACACCCACCACACCUGGCUUCCCCUCUCACCAGAGCCUGUGGGAUGAGCCCCCGCUGCCACCCGCACAGACCUGCCUUCCUCCUGGCCACCUCAUGGAUGCUGCCCCCAUGAAGACUGUGCCUCCGCGCUUCCCUCUCUUUCACUUCAAGCAUUCACCCCCCCAUACGCCAGCAGCAGGUGCCCACAUGUGCUAUGACCCUGCUUCCUUGAGCCUGCCGCUGGGACCCGACAGACCCACGUCCAGCCAGGCUGCCAUGGAGACCCAUUCCUAUGGGCUUCCCCUGGCCAAAAGACCAGCUACGCUAGCCUUCUCGCAGCUUGGCCUCAACGCAGCAACUUCUGGCCUCAUGGGUGAGAGCAGCGGUGGCAGCAGUGGCCUCCCAUCCCCACCCAGCAGGAGCUCCUCAUCCGGGGAGGGCACUUGUGCCGUCUGUGGGGACAAUGCUGCCUGCCAGCACUACGGCGUACGAACAUGUGAGGGCUGCAAGGGCUUUUUCAAGAGAACAGUUCAGAAAAAUGCAAAAUAUGUUUGUCUCGCAAAUAAAAACUGUCCAGUGGACAAGAGACGUCGUAACAGAUGCCAAUACUGCCGAUUUCAGAAGUGUCUCAGUGUUGGCAUGGUUAAAGAAGUUGUCCGUACUGAUAGCCUGAAAGGGAGAAGAGGUCGGCUGCCUUCCAAACCAAAGAGCCCCUUGCAGCAGGAACCUUCACAGCCCUCACCACCUUCUCCUCCCAUCAGCAUGAUGAACGCCCUUGUACGAGCUUUAACGGACUCCACUCCCAGGGAGCUUGACUACUCAAGAUACUGUUCCACUGACCAGGCUGCUGCAGGCACAGAUGCAGAACAUGUCCAACAGUUCUAUAACCUUCUGACUGCCUCCAUUGAUGUAUCUAGAGGCUGGGCAGAAAGAAUCCCUGGAUUUAUUGACCUCCCAAAAGAAGAUCAGAUAUUACUCAUAGAAUCAGCUUUUUUGGAGCUCUUUGUACUAAGACUCUCCAUCAGGUCUGAUACUGCUGAGGAUAAGUUUGUAUUCUGCAAUGGACUUGUGCUUCAUAGACUUCAGUGCCUUCGUGGAUUUGGGGAGUGGCUUGACUCUAUUAAAGACUUUUCCUUAAACUUAAAGAGCCUUAACCUUGAUAUCCCAGCCUUAGCAAGUUUAUCAGCUCUAACUAUGAUUACAGAACGACAUGGAUUAAAAGAACCAAAGAAAGUGGAAGAGCUAUGCAACAAGAUCACAAGCAGUUUGAAAGAUCACUUAAGUUUCAGUUGCCAAAACAAAGGACAACCCCUCGAGUCUGCGGAGCCUAAGGUACUGGGGGUUCUCGCUGACUUGCGUUCUCUCUGCACACUGGGACUGCAGCGCAUCUUCUACCUGAAACUGGAAGAUUUGGUGCCCGCCCCUUCCAUUAUUGACAGGCUGUUUCUGGACACCUUACCCUUCUGAGUCGAGUCACCCCCACAAAAGGCAAAUGCCCACCAGAGCAGGCAAAUGGAUUGUGACUUAGAGCUAAAGUUUCUGCCCUCAUUUAAUAGAAAAGCAGCUCCAGCUCUAAAAUGAGGUUUUCUCUGGCGCUUUGUUUAUACAAUCUGAGGCCUAAAACUUACUGGCUUACUGUUUUGGGGUUGUGUUCUUUGUUUUCUUUUUUGUGAUUUGGGGUUUUUUAAAUUGCUAAUAUGGCACUUUUGGACAAUGCUAUCCUAGCAGCAGUAAAAGUUUGACAUGACUGUUUUAAAUCUGUUGUUUAACACCUCAUUGUUUAUGAGGAAUAAAAUCAUAGAAGAAUUUGUGUGUUUGAAAGCAAGAACAGCAAAUAGUUCAGCAAAUAGAACAGCAAAUUGCCAGGGCAGUAUGUGUUUUGUGACAAUACCUUUAGCAUACUUCCUGCAUCAAGGGCACGUACAUUGGCACAAUCUAAACAAAAGUUCACUUUUUAUAACAAAGUACAUUCAACUGAACAUUUCAUAUAAAUCAAAUAUAGCAAAAUGACAAUGGCUGUUAGCUCCCAUGUUCAAGUGCAAUUUUUUAAAGUGCUGUCUUACUAAGUCUUGUUUAUUAACUAAUUUAUUUUAAUAUGAAAAUAAAUGGAAGAAAUCAAGUGAGAAAAUUACAUGCACUAACUUACAUGACAGAGCUUUCCAAACUUGAUUCCAUGUAGAAUGACUAACUGACAAAUGUAUAUGGAAGACACAGGAACAACAGUGAUUCAGUUGUUCCUUAGACAAGGAAGUUCAAGUAAGUAGUGACUGGAGCCUACAGGGUCAGCAUCAGGGAUAGCUAAGUUUUAGAUUUAACACAAGUAACAAGUUAUUAAACAGACCCAAGGUGGUUUCAAAGAACAAGCAAGUCUUGUAAAAUAGUAUGAAUGUAAGUGCUAGGAAGAGUAUGGUGGGCUGCAUUUAAACAUUCCGUGUUCGUACUCCUUUUUGUAUGUUUAUACUGUUGAUGCCAUAUUAAUAUGAAAUAAUUUGUUGCAUAGUGUCUUUAUUUGUAUAAAUGUUUGUAUGCAUGGUAUAUUGUAAUGGCUUUGCCUGUAUUUAUUGCAAUGACUGCCAGCUCAUGGGAGCCCUGUUACACAGAAUAACUAAAUGGAGUGUUCACACUGACUCAGAUACACCAGUUGGAGAAUUAUAUACAUAUAUAUAAUGUGUGUAUAUAUAUGUAUAUACUAUAUGUGUGUGUGCGCGCGCGCGUGUCUUUUUAUUAACCAUUUGUAUAUAAAAUAUCUGUCAAAUCACAAGCAGAGUUAUUUUACAGUUUAUUUGCAGUGACUUCUAAGGCAGUACUGUUUAGCACUUUGAUAUUAAAAUCUUGCUCCUGUUUUGCUAAAUUCAAAUAAUAUUUUUAAAUUUUAGUUCUAAAAAACUUUAUAUGCACUGUAUUAAGUCAAAAUUUUGUUGGUCAUUUUGCUAAGGAAAUUUCUGAAUGUCAAUCUGAUGUCACUGUAUCUUUUGUUAGCUUUAAACAUUCUAGCUUUUGUCUUUUUUUAAACUAUGCUGUUUAUAUGGAAAUUAAAUUAUACAAUCAAACAGAUGCCAAAUGAAUUUCCUAAUUGCUGCAAAGGAUAACCCAGAUAUUGAGUCACUGUAUGGUUUUCAAAUAGUAAUCUGGUAUUUUAUCACUUACUAUGUUUGGAUGUGCUUUUAUGAAAAAACUAUUCUUAUAUCAAGAUUUAUAGUAGUAUCAAUAGGGAAACAGACUUAUAGUCAUUAUAGUUAAUAUUUCUGGUUUACCUGCAGAUAAUGUUUGAAAAAGUAUUGCUUUUUAUAUUGACUUUUAACCUUAUGUGCAAACAUAAUAGCAUAAUUAAAUAUCAGAGAAGCUAAUGUUUCUUGUAGGUUGCUGUAACUAGCCUGACCAGCAAGAUAAAUAUAUUUUGACUGAAUUUCAGCUUUUUGUAUAUACUAAAUAUAUAUAUAUACACACACAUACACACACAUACACACCACAGUCUUAACUGUGAUACUCUCACAAAUCACCUCACCUGUGAGAUUGUCCUUCAUGUCAAUAAACAGAUUCAUCAGCAAGUCAACCAGGGCCAGGUCACAACAGUAAAGGAAAGAAUUAAUGCAGGUUCAAUUCACUACUUUCGUUAGAGCUCUCUCAGUGUAAACAUACCUUCAUAUAGGCAGAAUUCAGGAAUAUAUCAGGUGUUAAGGGAGAGUGCCUUGCUUUUAUUUCAGAUAACAGUGUUUCAAGAGUUUCUUCACUCCUCUAACAGCAGUACCUCUUCCUUUUUUUGUGGUGUUAACCUGUGGGUUGAAAGAAAUGUUCUUGUACAUAUACAAUGUAAAUUAAACUUAUUAAAUUGAAUAACAUUUUUUUCAGAGGC